AUGGAGACUACCACCAUCACCACCACGCAAAUGGCGCAGAACGCAUACACAUUUGGACUGAUGGAGAGGCGCACCACCAUUACCCUGCACGCCCCAGCCCAGGAGUGCGCUCUCCCUAACGACACAACUGCAGCCGGCUACCAAAGCAAGACCACGGUGCUGAAAAGACAGCGCUCCAGCUCCCCGGAGCUCCUGCGCUGCAAGCGGCGGCUCAGCUUUAACGGACUCGGCUACUCCAUCCCCCAGCAACUGCCCGUGGCCGUGGCCCGGCGGAACGAGCGCGAGAGGAACCGGGUCAAACAAGUCAACAUGGGGUUCCAGACCCUGCGUCAGCACGUGCCCAACGGGGCAGCCAACAAGAAGAUGAGCAAAGUGGAGACGCUGCGGUCCGCCGUGGAAUAUAUCCGAGCCCUGCAGCAGCUACUAGACGAGCAUGAUGCCGUGUCUGCCGCCUUCCAGUGCGGGGUGCCUUCCCCUACCAUCUCCAACAGCUACUCGGCGGAGCCGGAGUCACCCCACUCCACCUGUUCCUCCGAUGAGGGGAGCUAUGAGCCCCUGAGCUCCGAGGAGCAGGAGCUGCUGGACUUUACCACCUGGUUCGACAGAUACUGA